GACGUGUUAGAACUUUGGUCUCAGGUUCUAACAUGAAGCGCAGUCCAGUGGACGCCAUCUCCGGUGAUUAGCUAUGAGCUAUGAGAAGUGUUACAAUUGUGAUAUUGGUGCUGGAAGUUUACAAAGUUUUCGAAUCCUGUCAUGGAGCGCUAACGGACAAACAAAUGAAUGAUACGCUGGAAACCAUGCGGAAAGCUUGUGUACCCAAAUUCAAAAUUGAUGAAGAAAAUUUGAAUGCAAUGCGAGCAGGAAAAUUUAAACCCGACCCGGAUAAGGAAAUAAAGUGCUAUACUAGAUGUAUUGCACAAAUGGCUGGAACGCUCACGAAAAAAGGAGAGGUCAGCUUCUCUAAAACGAUGGCCCAAAUCGAAGCUCUCCUGCCAACGGCAAUGAAGGCACCGGCCAAAGAAGCUCUGCAAGCGUGCAAAAAUAUUCAAAACGAUCACAAAGAAUCCUGUGAUAAAGUUUACUAUUCCGUUAAAUGCGCAGCCGAAUUCAAUCCAGCUAUAUUCAGAUUUCCUUGAAUGCAAGACUCUUCUUGGAUCCUCUCUAUAAAGGACUCUGAUGAUGAAUUAGUAUGAUAAAUUUGCGAAUAAUUCGAUUUUUGUUUGUUACCUGUUGUUAGAAAUUCACUUGUUUAAAUAAUGUUUAUGUAUAUUUAUGUAUUUUAAUGUGUUUUAUUACCCUGAUUAGUUUAUGUUAUUGUUAGAUUUUUGUAUGCACGAUUGAUAUAUAAAUAAAUGUUUAAUAUGUUCUCGAUA